AUGCGCAUCCUCUGUCUCCAUGGCUGGGGAACGAACCCAGCGAUCAUGAAACGCCAGAUGUCAGCACUGAUCAAACACUGCGAUCCCAGCUGGGAAUUCUACUUCUUGGCUGGCAAUGCAGAGACCCCGCCUGUUCCAGGCGUCGCCGACAUCUUCCCAGGCCCCUAUCUCAGCUGGUCUUUUGAUUUCGGUCCAGCGUCUUUCAGGGCAUCUUUUGGUCUUAUCCACCAAACAUUCACAGAUGAAGGGCCAUUCGAUGGCGUCUUCGGCUUCAGCCAGGGCUCAGCUGUAAUCGCCGCCUACCUCCUCGAGCAGGCAGCCCUACACCCCGAAAAGCCACUUCCAGUUCAAUUUGGAAUCUUUUGUUCGACGCCACCCAUCCUCUCAACCGACCCGGCCUAUAUUCAGCGUAUGUACGGCUCAUUGUCCGCUGAGGACCUCAGCCGUCUACGCUCUGGCAACCCCGAUGAGAUAGAGAAACUCCCCGAGCCCUCCCGCGAUGCAGCCCUCAUGCUUGUGAAGAGCUUGGCUAUCACGAAGGAAAUCCAUGGACAGUCGGAUACUUACUUUACCGAUCGGCCGAUACCUGAGAUUCCAUGCGCUGUGCAUCCGGAUGUGUAUAAAGCGCGCCUUGCCAUCCCGACGCUGCAUGCUUGUAGUAACCAUGACCCAGUAUUCAUGCAGCAGACUUCUGCUCUCUGUGGAUUGUUCUGUGAGGCGAAAAGUCGGAGGUCCUUCAAGCAUAGUGCUAUACAUAGCCUUCCGCGUGUCCCUACUGAGGCGAAAGAGAUGGCGGCUAUGAUGCAGUCGGUGGCUUCGUGGAAUCAGUCGAGUUUGUGA